CUUUUUAACAAUUUUUCUGUUAUUUGUUCCCAGCAGAAGCCUAAAUAAGGGAACCCAAAGAAAUGUGUCAAGAAGGCUUAUCUAGAAUAGCUCUGAACAGCUGCAGUAAACAGACCGAGUGCUCACUGGAAGAGAGGAGGAUGCUAGGGGCAGCCCCGGGACUUGUGGACUCCAUGCUGGAGUCCCGAAGACACCCAGGCAGUAGCCUGCAGAAAGAAUUCCCCCAGCAUCAGAAUGAAGACCUGACUAAAGAUAACCAGCCUCAGAAUUGCCUCUUCAGGGAAGUGGAAUGCAUGGCACAGAGACUGGAGGAGGCCUUGGAGGAGAUCCAGAGGAGAGCUAAGGAGCCACAAGAGAAGGAGAAAGAACAGAGAAAGUUAGACGAUGCACUUGAGAAUGCUCGACUGGAAAUUGAAAAGUUGAAAAAUAAUCUGAUAAAACUAAAAGAAAGUGAUGCAGCUGACUUACUGAGAGCAAGAGAACACAACCAGAGGCUGGACCAGGAGAUUCUGGCUUUAAGAAACCGGGUUCGAUCACUUGACUCCGAGAAAAAGGUGCUUGGAGAAAUGUACCUAACAUCUGGGGAGAAAGUGAUCUGCCAGCGUCAAGGGGAAGUACAGCAACUGCAACAGAACCUGCACCGCCUCCAGAUCCUGUGCAACUCAGCUGAGAAGGAGCUGCGUUACGAGCGGGGAAGGAGCUCGGACUUCAAACAGCACAACAGUUUGCUUCAGGAGGAGAACAUCAAGAUCAAGAUCGAACUCAAGCAGGCCCAGGAGAAGUUGCUAGACAAUGCCAGGAUGCACUCCUCACUCACGGCAGAGUGGAAGCACUGUCAGCAGAGAGUCAAGGAGCUGGAGCUGGAAGGACUCAGGCAGGCCCAGAGCAUUAAAUCCCAGCAGAGUCUUCAGGAAAAGCUGGCUCAGGAGAAAUCCAAAGUGGCCGAUGCACAGGAAAAGAUUUUGGACCUGCAGCAGAAGUUAGAGCAUGCUCAACAAGUCUGCCUUUCGGAUGCUUGUAUUUUGCAUAAGAAGCAACUGGAGAAUGAGAUCAAGGAAGCAAAGAGCAGUGAGGCUAGGCUUCAGCAGCAGUGUCAAGAGGAGCAGCAGAGAGGGUUACUCCUGGACCAGGAAAUAAAUGAGCUCCAGAGGCAAGUGAGAACCCUGCAGGAUAAGGAGAACCAACAGGAAGCAACCAACUCCCAGCAACAAGAGGCUCUGCACAAACAACUGGAAAACGAGAGAAGGAAGUGUGAAGAGUCUGUCAAGAGCAACCAGGAACUGUCGGAGAAGCUGUUGAGGUUACAGCAAGAAAAGGACGCUCUGUGGCAAGAACAUGGGAGGUUUUUGGAGCAACUUGGUGAGCAUGUGAGAAACUACAAAGACAAACACCACAGCCACAAAGUCAAGCUUCAAAAGGUCAAGGACCAUCUGACUCAUGAGUUAGAAGUACGAAAUAAGAGGAUUAAAGAACUUGAAGAUGAAACCAAGAAACUGGAACAAAAAAUUGAAAUGGAGAAGGCGUUCCAGGGCCAGAUCAUGACCCAAAAUGACAUCCUCCUCCUGGAAAAGAGGAAGCUUCUAGAACAAGUCACAAAUCAAGAAGAACUGAUCUGCAGGAAUAAGUCCACAAUCUCUUCGAUCCAGAGCAAGGCGUUUUUACUGGAUAAAGAAAACCAGCAGUUGCAGGAAAAUUGCCUCCGGCUCAAGCAGCAUAUCAGUCUCUUAGAACGUGUUGUGAGGAGCAUCCAGAUUCACAGAGUGGAAGAAACAGUAAUCAGUGACAAUGCUACCUUUGAAAUACUCAGAAAGAUACUACCUUUACAGAGUUCCAGUUUCUCAGGAACAGGUUUGGUAUUGCCAAUUGAAAAUCUCCAGGAGAUGGAGCUAUAUAAGCCAGAAGGAACAACAGCAAUCCCCAAGUCCCCUGAACGUUUUUCAUGUUCACAGAAUUCAGAAAGUGGAUAUAUAAACGUGACUUCUCUAGACACAUACAACACACAGGGGGACCAAAAGCCAGGACUAUGACGUCACUGGUGUCUAAAACAAUACUAAUUGAACCUAACUCAGAGGGUGGAUGUAAAGGUGCACACUGACCUGGAGAAGUCUCUCACAACACCCUGGACAAACAAC